CGGGAGCUGGGCAUGCGCAGCGGGCGAGAAGGUUGUUCGCGAAGGAGAAGGUUGUUCGCAGUUGGUCGCCAUUUUGUGCUGCUGCGUUCCUAUUCGCCGCCGGGGCAUUGUGUUUAAUACCGGAGCCAAUCAGAGGGGCAAAAGCGCGGGGUUUUGCUUAAUUCUCCAGAGAAACUGAUUACUUAUUCAAGUUAGCUAUGGAACAGUACACAACAAAUAACAGCAAUUCCACUGAACAGAUUGUGGUUCAGGGACAAAUUCAGCAACAGGGUCAGCCAUUAAUGGUCCAAGUCAGUGGUGGUCAACUAAUUACAUCCACUGGUCAGCCUAUCAUGGUUCAAGCUGUGCCUACAGGUCAAGGGCAAACAAUUAUGCAAGUUCCUGUCUCCGGAGGACAGGGUAUACAACAGAUUCAGCUUGUUCAACCAAAUCAGCUCCAGCUUCAAAGUGGGCAGGCUGUUCAAGUCCAAAACCAACAAGGUCAGGCACAGCAAAUUAUUAUUCAACAGCCUCAGGCAGCUGUUACAGCAGGACAAACACAGAGUCAACAGCAAAUAGUCCAAGGACAACAAGUGGCUCAGACUGCAGAAGGACAGACAAUUGUCUAUCAGCCGGUUAAUGCAGAUGGCACCAUACUCCAACAAGUUGCAGUCCCUGUUACAGGCAUGAUCACCAUACCUGCUGCCAGUCUAGCUGGGGCCCAAAUUGUCCAGACUGGAGCCAGCACAAGCACCACAAAUAGCAACCAGGGCACUGUAACGGUAACACUACCAGUCACUGGAAGUAUGGUCAAUGCAGGCGGUAUGGUAAUGAUGGUACCAGGGGCGAGCACAGUUCCAGCUAUGCAGAGAAUUCCCUUGCCAGGCGCAGAACUACUGGAAGAAGAACCGCUAUAUGUAAAUGCUAAACAGUAUCAUCGAAUCUUGAAAAGAAGACAGGCAAGAGCCAAGUUAGAAGCAGAAGGCAGAAUUCCAAAAGAAAGGAGGAAGUAUCUCCACGAGUCUCGUCAUCGUCAUGCAAUGCAGCGAAAGCGUGGAGAAGGUGGCCGUUUUUUCUCUCCCAAGGAGGGUGAUGAGAUGCCUGAAUGAUUUCUUGGUAGGCUAGAGAAAAAUCAUAAAAAGAAACACCAGCAGCAGAGUGAAGAAAUAAUUGGUCAGGUGAUCAGAGUGGCCUAAAUCUCUGCUUUAUGCAUCUGUUUUGAAACGAGAACCAGUUAAAAUUGACAGUCUCUCCUCACUCCACUAUUCCUGCAUUGACUGCCUGUCCUGCAUUCCUCAAACUGAAAUGGAGGUUUAUAAUGAAAAAGUCUUCUCUGCAAAAAAAAAGUGUAUUUUGCUGCAGAACUUUAAAAAAUGUAAACUUAAAAUGUAUAACAGGGACAAAAAACACCAACAGAAAAGAAUCUUGAAUAACUUUGUUUAGACCAAAUGGAGGAAACUAAUUUGAAGACAGUUUUCAGUUGUGAUGGUAUUUAGUGUGUAUUAGUUUGAGACAGACGGGGGGUGGGAUACCCACUUGAAACUGUCGACUUGAAGGAGGUUGGGGGAAGUAGUGUCCUGUAAAUUGAUUAAGUUAAUGACAGACUUUGUUGGGGGGGGGCGGGGGGGACUGGAUUAUGUGUGGAUUUAUGGUAUCCUCUUGUAGAUGUGGAGGGGUGGAAUGAGUUGCUCAUGCAUAUGGUAUGUUAUGAAAAUCACAUGAAUUUGUAUUUUUUUUCAGUGUUUGUUAAUUAAGAGAUAAUGUAUAACUGCUUUUUUUUUAAUGAAAAUUUGUUGUAUAUGAUGCAAAUAUUUUGUAAAAUGUAGCAAAAACUGCUCUGAGACAGUAGACCAUUUUGAAAGAUGAUCAAUUUAUUUACAGAAAAGGUGAGUUUGGUGCAAUUCAUUACUUUAUAUAUGGUUUAUAAUGCACUAAAGAGGUUUGUUCUUAAAACAUGUGAUGCUGUGUUUAUAGACUAGUAAAUAAGUGUAAUAUGAGCUAACACUGCAGGGCAGAUUUUCCAGUAUUAAAAUAGGCAAAUUCAACCUGGACACAACUAAACAUUCAGCAGAGGGAAGCUAGAGCACACAUCUAUGGUUCUUAUUGCUGCUUGAUGUCCAACCUUGAACGAGGAUAGCUCAGUGGUGCACUUCAAUUACAUUGCAUGCCAGCUUCCAUUGUCUUGCAACACUGCAAGAGUGAAACUAGCAUGUUUGCAGAAGUAGGCUGUUGCCAACAAGGUUGCAUUCUUGUAGGUCGCCUCUUGAGAGGAAGGAAAACUGAGGUUCUUUCUUAAUAAAGUUCCACUGUGGCCAUGGUUGUACCAGUUACUGAAGUGGUUCUGUUAUACUAUUUUUGACACGCAAGUUACAUCCCAUUAUUUAAAUACAUACAAAAUGGUAUACUGUCUCUUCAGAAAGCAGCAUUUGGCUUCUACUUAUGCAAUUCCUUUUUCAAAAAUUGCGUAAUUUUAGCAUCUCGGAACUAUAUGCAAGUUCAAAAGAGAAAUCAUUUAAUUCUGAGGCUUUUAUGCCAUGUUAAAAUAUACAACUUUGGGCUAACGAUUGGAUCCAAGUAACACUGAAGCUGCAUAAUUUCUCAGACUACAAUCAUAUUUAGUUGCUAUAGUCUUAGCAUGGAUCAAAAUACAGCUCGUAAGGAAUCAAGAGCAACCCUCAAGGAUGGCUGUGAAAUUUGUGAUAUUGAUGCAGCACUUGAUUCUGACCCUUUAUUACACAAAUAUGGUGUUAAGAUAGGACUUAUAAUCUAACCUAGGAAGGAUUUGUCACUCCCGAGGCAGAUAAAUCUUUUAGGCAUGGAUCAGAUUUCAUAUCCAGUUCAUGGCAAGUCUCAGUGAAACGGAUACUUUGGAUAAUUGAUUCCAUUUAUUAUAAAAAUGGGCCCACAAAACUAAAGUGGUGAGAAACAACUACCAAAUACAACUAUCACACCUCUCAACAAUGAUCAGAAUAGCAAGGGAAAUAGUAUUUACAAUUUCACAUUGGGUUCUAAAGGUCUUUCAAACCUCCACUUUUAAAUUCUAAGUGCAUGCAGGUGUAAAGUACAUUAGAGGACAAAUUUGGGUUUCUGAUCCUUAAAGCAAUACUUUCCACACAUACAUAAGAAAAUAAAAUCUACCCAGCCAGCUAUUGCCAUUUUACCCUUGCAUCCAUUAACGUUACAGUGACUGGGUAAUACUGAAACUCAAUCUUAAGGGCUUUGUAUAUCAGGUAGAACUUUUAAUUGUUGAAGAUACUAUAAAUGUCAUGCAGGUUAUAAAUAUUUCAACCAAUGCAUUGAAACGAGUGCAACUUGUUUUUGUAUAUAGGUUACAGAUUUAUAAUUUUUUAUAUACAGCAUUUGGUUUGUUAGCAUGAAUCUCAAUUUAGCUGUAGAGAAAAAGUACUGUGUACAUGGUUCAGCUAAUAAAACCAUAUCAUUUUAGUAA